AUGUUGGAUGUAAAGUUUGUUUUUAUAUUAAUGUUAGUUUUGCAAGUUAAAGGAGACUGCCUUACAGGAAAAUGUGAAAAGAUACAUUUUAAUGUGCAACAACAUGCCAAACAGGACCAAGAGCUCGUCGGCCAUGUUUUUCACAGGUCUGUCACUUCAAACCCAGCACAGUGCUACUUGUGGUGUAUAAACGACUGUCGAUGUUUGUCGAUAAACUACAAAGUCAAAAACGAAACCAAAUAUUGCGAGUUGAACAAAUACAGCCAUUUAAACAGCAAGAACUCUCUGAAAAACAUCCUUGGAAGCAUCUACUACGUACUGCUGAGAGAAUACUCCACGAAGGUACAAAAUUUUAUUUUGUCAUAUAGUAUUUUACAAAGCAUCUUUGUAGCCUUCAUCUUGAUCGAGAUAAAAAGUGUUUAUAUAUAUGUAUAUGUAUAUAUAGAGAGAGUUAAAAAAAAACGCGAGGAUGGACAACUUCUGACGUAAAAAAGGAAAAAAAUUUAAAAACGUUUUGGUCAAAGACCUUCUUAAGUUAUUUAUUACUUUUGAAUAAAAAAGAGCUUUAAAUAAGAUCGAGGUGCUAGUGAUUACGUAAUUACAGGUGACAACUAAUGAAUAAGAUACAAAAUCGCGUGAAAGAGCAGAAAGUGGUGUUAAUAAAGAGAUGACAAAAAACAAAAUCAACAAAGCGAAAAAUAUCGAAAAAAAAAAUCUACAAAUGAAAUAAUGGACAAAAUACGAGAGAUACAAACUAAAAACUAAAAAAUUAACUUGCUUAAACGAAUAGAGAAACUGAAGAAUAGAGCAACUUAGAAAAGGAUAGAUCCCCUCUUCAUGUGAGCGCUAAAUUUCUAUAAAAAAAAAAAAAAAAGAAAUAAAACUUUUCCGUUUUUUGAAAAUAUCAAAAUGUCGUCAAAAAGAAUAAAAACUCCAACGAAUUUCAAGGAGAAAGAGAACAAUUGCAUUGAGAGUGGGUAAAUCUGAGCUUCCAUGAGAUUCCGGUGACCCAAUUCCAAUUGCGCAAGCAGAUACUUGGAAAUCAUUGAACUGAUACUGAUUGACUCGACCAAGGUAGAAUGUAACUAACUCUUAGCCCUUUGCUUCACUGAUAUCAGAUAUUAUUCGCCAUUGGGUGAUCUCACUGGUUCAUAAUAUUGAAAAAAGAUAGUUUUCAUGGACCAACGCGGAAUCCAUUAAACCAAAAGACUUCUUGAAAAUUAAGAGGACAUGCUUUUAUAAAUUGGUGAGAAAAGACACGUUCAUGCCAAUAUUAAACUCACAUUCAAGUUAAAAUCAUAAGAAUAGCAUAGCGAUAGAAACAUAUUCUUUUUUAAUCAAUUUUGUAUAUAAGGGUUAUAAUAAUAUCGUUCCUUGUACUGGUGACGUCAAUUGUGGCAAUGGCUGCUGCAGAAACAGUCCGUGUCUUAAUGGAGGAACCUGCACUGAGGUCUGUGAGUCCACAAGUGUUCGAUACCGCUGUUCCUGUCCACUGCCGUUUGUUGGAAAACACUGCGAGAGUUGGCUGAGAAGAAGCUGUCAGGAGUACAAAUUAGCCGGGUUCCGCCGGUCGCGACUGUUCAGACUCAUUGAUGACAGCCACCAAACUUUCCGAGUGUUCUGUGAUUUUGAUUCAGAGCCUCGUUUCGCUUGGAACCUGAUUGAGUCCUUUAAUUUAUCCAGCAAAGAUCUUUUCCAGGUAAUUCUCCUGAGAAAAGACCAUUUAUCAUUAGUUAUUUAUGCAGAGAAGGUGGUGAGGAUGUGAUUAUUAUUUUAGUACCUCCAAAAUGAAUUAUUUUUUCAUUUUUACAUUGGUCCCUUGAUUUGCUUGCUUCGUCAGCUACGUUGGUUUCUUUUGGAAGUUAUGAUAACUAAUAUUGACAACAACCGAUUCUGUCAACAGUAGGAAUCGUAUUUUUAUUAUUAUCAUCCAGAUGCAAGGCCAUCAGCAGUAAUGCUCCAAAUUGUCAGGGUUAUCUUAGCCAGUUUAAUUUUUGUUUCUAGUUGCAAUGAUCUUAAUGUAAUUAAUAAAUAUAAUUAUGAUCUUCACCAACUGAAGUCGACCCUCUCUGUCUGCAGAAAAAUGUCACGUUUUAUGAUGACUACCAAGCUAUCAGCGGUGAUGAUCCAAACUGGCAGGCCUACCUCAUCAAACGACCCAACCUGCUUUGGCUGAGAAAUCACUCGACUCACUGGAGAGCUACUUGCCGAUACAACACAGAUGGCACCGUAUAUACAGAUUACCUGAGAGCCUCGCUUGAACACUUUGACAUCAUCAGUGACGUACCCUCCGAUGAUGUGGCUAAAUGUCGACCAUUUGAAUAUGUGAACAUCCGGGGAAAUGAGUGUCGGAAUUGCACAAUGAAAACCUGGUAUAAAAAAGGGCAUUUUCCUCUGCAUACCGACAGUUCUAAACAAGCAGACUGUGAUUUCGACGGAAACACGCCAAACGCAGCCGUAAAAAACGAGGACAACUUUGGAUUGUAUUCAGAGGUGAAUCCCAAAUUUCGUUGUACUUCAAGCUCAAAUGCAACGACUCAGUUCUGGAUUGGAGGUACUUUGUGA